AUGAAUACGCGGAUCGAGGUGCGCCAAUGUGAGAAACUUGGCAGGUACGCAGUGGCGGCGAUAGACCUGCGCGCCGGCGACACCGUGUUGUCUGAAGAGCCGUUCCUCCUGGCGCCUCACAGCGACUCUCCGCUUGUCUGCUUCGCCUGCCAUUUGCCUCUGGUCAGCCGCUUUGUGCCCUGCAAGGGCUGCGGCGUGGCGCCAGUGUGCCCGGAGUGCCCUGAACAUCUCGCUAAAUUCCACAGCAACCUGGAAUGCGACCUGUUCAAAUCGCAGCGCGAGUCUCGCGGCCUCAACGCGAUGGGGGUCAUCCCUCACGUGGGAGCGCUGGCGGUGCUCAGGGCAUUACUUCAUAGGCGCGACAACCCCCAGGCCUGGAAGGAGUUUGCGAGGCUGGAGUCACACAUGGACCAGCGACGCGGGACUGAUGUGUUUAACUACAAUCAGCAUACUGUCAAGUUCAUCGAAUCCCUGGGCUUACUAGCAGCCGACGACGACCCCGAGCUCACGCAGAAGGUCUGCGCCGCCAUCGACAUCAACAGUUUCGACGUGCGCGGCCCGCCGGCGCCGCUCGGCUCCGAGCCUUUACGAGGAGUCUAUCUCAAGACGGCUCUAUUAGCGCAUGACUGUGUGGGCAACACGCACAUGUCUAUCAAUGAUAACAACCUGCUGGUGUGCCAUGCGAGCGUCGAUAUUAAGAAGGGGGAGCCGAUAUUUUACAACUACACUGAUCCUAUGAAGGGCACAGCGUUGCGCCAAGAGCACCUACUAAACGGGAAGUACUUCAAAUGCUCCUGCCCGCGCUGCGGUGACGCGACCGAACUCGGCACCUUCAUGAGCUCAGCCAUUUGCCCUGAGUGUCGUGGAUAUGUGUCUAGUACUGGGGAGACUUGGAGUUGUAACCAGUGUGAGAAGACGUUUGAGGCUGCGGCUAUGAAGCAUAAGGUUCAAUGUUGCUCGGACAAACUAGAUGUUAUUAACAAAAAAGACGAGAAAGACCUCGAAGAAUACAUUAAGAACGUGUCCUUAGUCCUAGCCCCGAACCAUUACCUCCUUCUGGACGCGAAGCAGCGGCUGGCCGGCGUGCUGCGUGACGUCAUCACACGGGAGCCGAGGCCGACCAAACGGUUGCUGAGGCGGCAGCUACAGCUGUGCAAGGAGAUACUGGCUGUGCUGGAGGUGCUUAGCCCAGGAAUCUGCAGAGCUAAAGCCAUUGCACUGUACGAGAUACACGCCGCGAUGGUGCAGCUGGCGAAGAAGGAAUUUGACUCUCGAGAAAUAACAGGAUCCGCAUAUUUGGACGAACUAGUCAACGCAGAAAAACACCUAAAGAGAUCUCUACAGAUGCUGUUCAUAGAGCCUGGGAACUCCCCCGAAGGCGAGCUGUGCGCGAAGGCGUUAGAAGAGUACAGGGCGCUCAAGACUACCAUGGGCACGGUGUUGGACGGCAUCCAUGCUGACGGCAAGACCUACGUCGCUGCGGCGCAGAACGGGCAAGCGACGCAGCCAUGCCCGACUGUUCAGUAGUUGAAAGAGCUUAUACAAUACAACAGUCAAGCAAAUCUUGCCACUAAAAAAGGCGCGAAAUUCAAAUUUUAUACGGUCGAUAAACCUUCGCCCCUAAAUUUUCACUAGUUUUUAAGUUGAUGAAUCCGCCAACGUCAAGACAAGAUUUAGGAAGGCUCGCGCUUUAUGAAGACAAUUGGCCAGAUAGCCCUACAUUUUUCUAAUUUGUUACCUUUUUAGUGACAAGAUUUGCUUGAUCGUCUUUAUCUUGGGAAUUUUACUGUACUUAGAUAAUGUUUUGUAGAAGCUUCCAGAUCUAUCAACGUCAAAAAGAGUGUUUUGAUUGAAUAUGUUGACGAGAAUGUAGGUAAUUUGUAACAAGGGUUGCUGUAGACGGCACGAACAAAUGUAA